AGGGGGGUAAACAAGCCACCAGCGGAGACAGAACCAGUGUGCGGCGCUUGGAGGAACAGGUGGGUGGAUUCCAGUGCGUUUGUAAGCUGAGGUUCCCAGGACUCGCUGAUGGCAGCUGUGAGUGGGAGUCCAGCCAGCAUCCCUUCCAGAUCCCUCUUGUGGACCGAGAUCCAGGUCUCAGUGUAGACCAAGGAACAGAGGCAGCCCCUACUCGGGCUUCCAGGCUCCAGCCAGGCCUGCUAGGUGGGCGGCCUCUGCCCGUGUGAUGGAAGGAAGCCAGGCUCAGAGAUGGGGUGACUUGUCCCACGUCCUGGAGGGUCUCACAGCUCCACCACGGCCAGGAGACUUCAGUCCAGGGGGCCUCCAUCCCCAGCCACCUUCACCUGACCCCCAGGGGACCCCAGCCGACAAGACCCGGCCCGCAGCUCCGGAGCAGGGGGGGGCUGCUCUCCACCGCCCCUGUGCAGCCGCCCGGGAAAGUGCAGGCGGGCCGGGCACGGUGGCUCACGCCUGUAAUCUCAGCACUUUGGGAGGCCGCGGUCGGCGGAUCACCUGAGGUUGGGAGUUCGAGGCCAGCCUGACCAACAUGGAGAAACCCUGUCUCUACUAAAGAUACAAAAUUAGCCAGGCGUGGUGACGCAUGCCUGUAAUCCCAGCUACUGGAGUGGCUGAGGCAGGAGAAUCGCUUGAGCCCGGGAGGCAGAGGUUGCGGUGAGCUGAGAUCGCACCAUUGCACUCCAGCCUGGGCAACAAGAGCGAAACUCAGAAAAAAAAGAAAAGAAAGUGCAGGGGACCCGCCGUCGGGGUGGGGGCGGCGCUGCCCAGCCUCUGUCCCACUUCCAUGCACUUGACCUCGACCCUCCGGCCUCCGUCUGCGAUCUUCCCGUGCCUGAAUACGAGGCUUGGAACAGACCCAGACCUUCCUGCCUGCCCGUCCUGAGUGGCCCCGGGCCCCCGCCCCAUCUUUGGCCCCCAGCCCCUGCCUCUCUGCCGCCUCCAGGGUCGGGGGUCAGGCCAGGAAAGCCCCUUGGGAAGCCCCCGGGGAGCAGCUGGAGCGGGGUCGCCGGGCGGCGGGAAGGAGUGGGCGCCUCUAUUUAAGCGGCUUCCCCGCGGCCUCGGGACAGAGGGGACUGAGCAUGGAUUUCGGACUGGCCCUCCUGCUGGCGGGGCUUCUGGGGCUCCUCCUCGGCCAGUCCCUCCAGGUGAAGCCCCUGCAGGUGGAGCCCCCGGAGCCGGUGGUGGCCGUGGCCUUGGGCGCCUCGCGCCAGCUCACCUGCCGCCUGGCCUGCGCGGACCGCGGGGCCUCGGUGCAGUGGCGGGGCCUGGACACCAGCCUGGGCGCGGUGCAGUCGGACACGGGCCGCAGCGUCCUCACCGUGCGCAACGCCUCGCUGUCGGCGGCCGGGACCCGCGUGUGCGUGGGCUCCUGCGGGGGCCGCACCUUCCAGCACACCGUGCAGCUCCUUGUGUACGCCUUCCCGGACCAGCUGACCGUCUCCCCGGCAGCCCUGGUGCCUGGUGACCCGGCGGUGGCCUGUACGGCCCACAAGGUCACGCCCGUGGACCCCAACGCGCUCUCCUUCUCCCUGCUCGUGGGGGGCCAGGAACUGGAGGGGGCGCAAGCCCUGGGCCCGGAGGUGCAGGAGGAGGAGGAGGAGCCCCAGGGGGACGAGGACGUGCUGUUCAGGGUGACAGAGCGCUGGCGGCUGCCGCCCCUGGGGACCCCUGUCCCGCCCGCCCUCUACUGCCAGGCCACGAUGAGGCUGCCUGGCUUGGAGCUCAGCCACCGCCAGGCCAUCCCCGUCCUGCACAGCCCGACCUCCCCGGAGCCUCCCGACACCACCUCCCCGGAGCCUCCCGACACGACCUCCCCGGACCCUCCCGACACCACCUCCCCGGACCCUCCCGACACCACCUCCCCGGAGCCUCCCGACACGACCUCCCCGGAGCCUCCCGACACCACCUCCCCGGAGCCUCCCAACACGACCGCCCCGGAGUCUCCCGACACCACCUCCCCGGAGCCCGCCCCCCAGCAGGGCUCCACACACACCCCCAGGAGCCCAGGCUCCACCAGGACUCACCGCCCUGAGAUCUCCCAGGCUGGGCCCACGCAGGGAGAAGUGAUCCCAACAGUCUCGUCCAAACCUGCGGGUGACCAGCUGCCCACGGCUCUGUGGACCAGCAGUGCAGUGCUGGGACUGCUGCUCCUGGCCUUGCCCACCUAUCACCUCUGGAAACGCUGCCGGCACCUGGCUGAGGACGACACCCACCCACCAGCUUCUCUGAGGCUUCUGCCCCAGGUGUCGGCCUGGGCUGGGUUAAGGGGGACCGGCCAGGUCGGGAUCAGCCCCUCCUGAGUGGCCAGCCUUUCCCCCUGUGAAAGCAAAAUAGCUUGGACCCCUUCAAGUUGAGAACUGGUCAGGGCAAACCUGCCUCCCAUUCUACUCAAAGUCAUCCCUCUGCUCACAGAGAUGGAUGCAUGUUCUGAUUGCCUCUUUGGAGAAGCUCAUCAGAAACUCAAAAGAAGGCCACUGUUUGUCUCACCUACCCAUGACCUGAAGCCCCUCCCUGAGUGGUCCCCACCUUUCUGGACGGAACCACGUACUUUUUACAUAUAUUGAUUCAUGUCUCAUGUCUCCCUAAAAAUGUGUAAGACCAAGCUGUGCCCUGACCACCCUGGGCCCCUGUCGUCAGGACCUCCUGAGGCUUUGGCAAAUAAACCUCCUAAAAUGAUACAAA